AUGCCAGGGGUGGCCACCGAGCCCCUCCACUCUGCGGUCCCCCUAAAGAAGAUGGGGGACGAGUGGGGGGCACAGGCUCCCCGGGCCAACGACGUCGAAAAGGACUCUGGCUUCUCAGACACCAGCUUGGAGCACCUGAGUGGGCGGGAGCAGACGGAUACGGAAAAACCGCCAGGCUCCGGCACCCAAGGGUCCCCGCCGCAGCACCCGGCCACUGCCCCGGCACCCGGCCACCCCUUCGCCCACCUGGCACCUGUCUACCUCGUCCACAACCUCCUCCUCCAGCAGUCCCUGGGAGCCCCCCCAGAGCCCUGGCAGCCAGCUCAGCUUCUCCUACUCCAGCCCCUGUCACCCACCAUCCCCCACCACGACGCCACCGACGCCUGCCACGACGCCACUGCGACAGCCACCCCGGUAGGGAGCUCGGGUUGCCAAAACCAGCGGCUGGGGGUGACGGUGGAGUUUUUGCGCUGGGGGGAGCUGCUGGCGGCAGCCCUUCGGACUGGGGCCCUUCUCCGGCAAAAUCGGCGCACCCAGCGGGAGAUCGCCACCCUGCGCCGGCACACUCGGUUACUGGCCCGUGCCACCCGCGAUCCCCGCACCUGGCCUCGCCUGCACGAUGCCCUGGGGGGCGGUGGCCCGCCAUACGUGGUACAGCAGUCGGUCCCCACGGCCUCUCUCGGAACAACCGAACCGGUCCCGGUUCCCGUUAGUACGGCUGGGGCUUCCCCCCGACCCCCUCAGCCCCCCGAACCUGGCGGUGGUGGUCCGCCGGGGGAGGCUGUACCGGGAGGAGGGGGGGGCAGCGCCGGGGACGUGCCCCCCCUGCCCGUGCUCAAACCGGGAGCCAAGAGCAGCAGCAUCAUCGUCAGCCCACGGCAGCGGGGCAACCCGGUCCUGAAGUUCAUCCGCAACGUCCCUUGGGAGUUCGGCGACGUCGUCCCUGACUAUGUGCUGGGCCAGAGCACCUGCGCCCUCUUCCUGAGCCUGCGGUACCACCACCUCAACCCCGGCUACAUCCAUGACCGCUUGCGGCACCUGGGCAGGAGCUAUGGGCUGCAGCUGCUGCUGCUCCAAGUCGACGUGAAGGACCCACACCAGGCGCUGAAGGAUCUGGCGAAGAUCUGCAUCCUGGCCGACUGCACCCUCCUGGUAGCCUGGAGCCCCGAGGAGGCCGGGAGGUACCUGGAGACCUACAAGGCCUAUGAGCAGAAGCCGCCCGACUUGCUGAAGGAGCGUGUGGAGCAGGAUUUCCUCUCCCGGAUGACCGACUGCCUGACCAGCAUCAAGUCAGUGAACAAGACGGAUGCGCUGAGUCUCCUCACCACCUUUGGGUCGCUGGCAGCCGUGGUGGAUGCCCCCAGGGAAGAUCUGUCCCUCUGCCCCGGUGUUGGACCCCAGAAGGCCAAGCGGCUCUUCGACGUCCUGCACGAGCCCUUCCUCAAGGUCCCCAAAUGAGCCACCACCCCCAAAAUCUUUGGUUUUAUAAUAAAU